AUGUUCAUCCUGCAUACUAUGUUAUGCGCGCUGCGGCAGGCAGACUACGAAAGGUUGACUUUCACGGAUCGCGCAACCAAAGAGUUGGCGUCUCUGGCCAAAGAGCUAGAAAAGCUUGGCACAUGUGACAACCGCCAUGCGGCUGACGUGGCUGAGCUGUGGAAGUACCUGGAGACAAAGGACAAGGAGCAUCAAACGCACGUAGAGAAGGUGGUGAAGGAGAUCCGGUCCGAGAUUGUUGUUUGUGAGUCUCGCACGGCGGAGAUGGUGCAGGGCUGCACCGUCAACAUGCAGCGGCAGGAUUCGGGCCUUGCCGACCUCUUGCGGAGGUUGGACGCGGAGGUGAAACGCUUGGAAGAUGGCUUGCAAGCCCAGGCAACGUCCGUGAUGACCUCUAUCCGCUCAGAUGAGGGAGCCAGACUCCGGGCUUUGGAGGCAGAGGUGACCCAGUUGGCCCGGCAAAGGCAGGAUUUGGUGGAUCGCCUAGACCAGGAAGGGAAGGAUCGAAAGGCCGACGUGGAAGGCUGUGCGGGUGGCGCCGAGAAGCGCGUGGCUGCGGUGGAGCUCGUUGCCAAUGCCCGUUUCGAGUCUGUGAGGCGGGCAUUGGACGAGUUGGUGUCCGAAUUCCAGGGCUACGUGCGAACUGAGCACGCGCGCUCCAUGGACGUGGCCAGGUUAGAAGCCUUGGUCCGUGCUCUGGAGGUGCGGGUAUGGCCCUGGCGCAACGGAGCAAAGGAGCGUAGCAGCUCUCCGCCACCUGGUGGACCUCCUUUAAUCUCGCCGAAGGACCCACCUUGGUCGGAGGACCCUGCUGACUGGCGAGACUGGAUCCGAACAAAGCGGCCCGUCACGGCAAGGCCUGCCCGACGGGGCGACUCCAAGGAUCCGAUGACUGGGUUAGCCGGAUCACCUGUGGGCCCUGCCAUGACAGCGGUUCGGUCUGCCAGGCCUGGAUCAGAGCGUGCUGAGCCGACUGUGUGA